ACUUAUAUAGCGUUCUUCUAUAAUAUAUUUAAGGGCAAAUAUAAAAAGACCUCCCUCUCCAAUUUUUUAAAUUUUAAACUUUUUUUUAUAUUUUGACAUAAAAUAUAAAAUAUAAACCUCCCGCCUCCUGGGAGUUUUUAAAAUUUAGCGAUGAGAAUCAAGGAAUUUAUUUUAUAUGGCCUUGUAUGCAUACACGAAAAGGCGGAAGUGUAUAGGAAGCAGUCAAGCACAUCAAUUAAAUAUACAGUAAUACAACGAAAUCGAAAGGACACGAAGCUAUAAUAUACCUUGCAGAUUCGACAACAACAUUCGAAUACAAAGUGCUCUGGCAAUGGAAAUCAAAGAUCCAAAAGACGAUGUAAUCGAACUAAAUGUUGGUGGGACAAUAAUGGCGACAAAAAGAUCUACUUUAUGUCAAGUCAAAGAUUCUUUUCUCACUUCAAUGUUUGGUGGUUCUUGGGACGAGACAAAAAUGGCGCGCGACAAAGAUGGUCAUGUGUUUCUGGAUUUCAAUCCAAAAUAUUUUGCUGUUAUUUUGGAUUAUCUCCGCGAGAAAGCUUAUACAACUUCUGAAGCUCCUCUAGCUUUGUCUAGAUUUGCCCCAGAAGAAGUCGAGAGUUUUAUUAAACUCGUUGACUAUCUAGGAUUAAGCUUGAAUGAGAUGCGAAAGCUUCCCACGACCGAAGAAUUCGAAUUACAAUAUGGAGCCGCUAAAGUAGAUGAAAACGGAGCAGUGGCGAUGACAAAAAACAUGGUCCAUUGUAAUAAUGCCGGUGGUGUCUUUGGUAAAAAUAUUUACGAGCGUGGAGUGUUUCGCAUUAAAUUAAACCUUGAGAAAAUGAACUUUUUGGACGGAGAUACCGAAGUUAGGAUUGGUAUGGUCAAAGAAAAGUUAGAAAACGACAAGGAAGAUUAUUUCUCUUCCCCAGUAGCUUUCUGUGGAUGGGGCAUAACGCGGCCAGUACGCGGCAGAGACCAUGAAUUGCUAAAAAGGUACAACAGUGGAAAAAUUGACACUGAAGCUGAUGUAAUAUUGGAGCGAGAAUAUGCUUUCAAAGGAGGCAAGAUGGUUGAACUAAUAUUGAACUGCGAUGCAGCAAAACUAUACCUCAACACUGAAGGCUGUUAUCAAUUUCAUGUUGACCUGCCCAAGUUGACCAGAUAUAGACUAAUGGUUCAGUAUAUAUACGGUGACUUUAAAAUUCGCAUUGUUGAUUUCCAUAACUCAUAAGGAAUAUAUACUAUGAUGGAUAUAGGAGUGUUUUUAUAAUGAUGGCAUUCAAAAUCUGCUUUCUUUAGAAUGCAUUGAAUUUAAAGAGAUUUUAAUUUUUUCCUUCUGUUUUGUUAUUUAUUCUGUUAAUGUAAACUGUAAAUGGAAUAUUUAAGGUAUAGCCAUC